AUCUCCAAGUCACCCGCUGUGCCCUCAUGCCACCCGCAGAACACGUCCUACAAUCGCUUACGAGAACCUUUGCAAGCACUAGCUGGACUUAUCGUUGGGAGCCAUGGUUCAUCCAACCAUGACAGAGUCUCCUUUUCCCGAGCCACCAGCAGCGUCCCCAUACCCGGCUGCCGGGGUCCAGAGCCAUGCAUCUUUCGGGAUCCAAGUGCCUUGACGUGUUCCGAAGGCCCGAAUGCAAACGAACCCCUUGCCGACAUUUGGGGUGUGAGAAGACUAUUGGCGCUGUAGCCCAUCAAAGUUCUUUGCCCAUCCCGCAAUGUGAGAUCAGUGGAGUCUGGGGAAAGGGGGUAUUUCCGUGAGCUUGGUCGUAUAUAGGGUCUGUAUCGAGACGUCGUUCAGCAAGUCUACACAUCCUUCAUCACACCGAGUCUUAUCAUUUCAUCACUGGACUCACAGCCUACUCUUAGACCCCAACGCCAACAUGUCAGGCUCAGUGGUUACCAAUGGCGUGCCCGAGAUCAAGUCGAAAGUGGUGGAAACGCCGUUCCUCAUCGUCGGUGCGGGGCCAGCAGGGGGGUCAUUGGCGUGUUUCCUCUCCCAUCCGCCUUACUCCAUGACAGGUAUCAUGAUCUCUGCUGCAACGACAACAUCACAGACGCCGAGGGCGCACAUUACGAAUCCCGCCGCCUUUGAAUGUCUCCGAGAUAUCGAUUUGGAACAAACAUGUCUUUCCCAAGCAGUUGAAGGCGACUGUAUGGUCCACACCCGCUGGUGCCAUGAUAUGACCGGUGAAGAAUAUGCCCGCAUCUAUUCCUGGGGCAAUGACCCGAAGAGACAUGGGGAGUACGAAGCAGCCACUCCUUGUCAUCAUGUGGACCUACCUCAGACAAUUUUCGAGCCCAUCCUGGUUCAAAGAGCGUCGGCUCAAGGCUGGGACGUCAGAUUUCGAACCAGCUUUGUCAGCUUUGAGAAGGAAGACGACGGGAAAAUUCUCAGCCGAGUACGGGACGAGCUAACUGGGACCGAAUACUACAUCCGCUCUCAGUAUCUCUUUGGGUGUGAUGGCGCCAGAAGCCAAGUCCUGCGAGAGCUCAAGAUCCCUUUGAUCAAGAAGCCCGGCCAGGGAUUGGCCUUGAAUGUCUUGGUCAAGGUAGAUCUCAGUGAUUACGUCGAGGCUCGAAAGGGCAACCUGCAUUGGGUGUUCCAACCUGAGAAAGAAUAUCCCGACUUCGCCUGGAGCGGACUGAUCAGGAUGGUCAAGCCAUGGAAUGAAUGGAUGUUCAUUCUAUUCCCCAAACCUGGGACGGAGUGGAAAGAGCCCACUCGCGAACAAUACCUCCAAAGAUGCAAAGAAAUUGUUGGCAGAGACGACCUUCCCUUGGAAAUCCUCGAUAUCUCCAAAUGGUACAUCAACGAGAUCGUGGCAGAGUACUACUCGGAAGGCAACAUCUUCUGCCUCGGCGACGCCGUGCACAGGCAUCCCCCAUUCAACGGUCUGGGUUCCAACACCUGCGUCCAGGAUGCGUUCAACCUGGCAUGGAAAAUCAAAUAUGUCACUCAAGGCCUUGCGUCCCCCGCAAUUCUCGAGACGUUUAGUCACGAACGACAACCUGUUGGCUUGGGAGUGAUCACCCGCGCCAACCAGGGUAUCCGGGAUCACGUCCCCGUCUGGAAAGAAAUGGGUCUCAUGGAAGAAACCGUGGAGAAGAGAAUGAAUAUCUUCAACAGCCUGAAAACAGCCACACCUGAGGCCCGAGAACGGCGAAAACGGGUCAAUGCAGCAAUUGAAGGGACCAGCCACGAGUUCCACGGUAUUGGUGUUGAGAUGAACCACAGAUAUGAAUCCACAGCCGUAUACCUUGACGAUGAAAUCAAGGCCAGCACUCCCAAGCCUGAGUGGCCCGAAGAUCCCAUCUUGCAUCACAAAGUCAGCACUUACCCCGGCCAUCGACUGCCUCAUGCAUGGUUGAAUCGGACCAUGCCAGCGAAGGACCAUACAUCCACGAUCGACUUGGCCGGCCAUGGGCAGUUUUCUCUGCUGACUGGUAUUGGGGGCGAGAAGUGGAUUGAGGCAGCAGAGAAGGCGGGCAAGGAGCUGGGAGUCGAGAUCAAUGUCCACUCGAUCGGGUGGGGACAGGAAUGGGUGGAUGUCUAUCGGGAUUGGGAGCGCAAGAGAGAGGUCGAGGAAGACGGAUGCGUACUUGUCAGACCCGAUCGGUUUGUUGCAUGGCGGUCAAUGAGCGUGCGGGAUGACUGUGCUGAGAAGCUGACCGAAGUCUUGAAGAAAGUUCUUGGGCGGUCAUAGCUGUGAUCUGUUUGAUUCAUUCCUGGGUCUUGCGGUCUUGAUCUUGGACGGGCGUAUUGAGCGGUCCCCGGGGAAGGGAUUGAGACAUACAUUUGGAGCGUACAAUCUACGUUGCGCGACUUGUAGAAAUUAUCAACUUGGCGGGUUCUCUUCUGAAGGGGUCUUUUGAACAAUUCAAUCUUGCAAAACACAAAGAAGUCGCGA